GCGACAAUUUGCAAUAUACCAAAAAGUUAAAGGCGAAGGACAAAGCUGGCGAAGGACAAGCUUUUGGGAACCUUGGCAUUGCCUAUAAUAACCAAUGCGAUUUUCAUAAGGCAAUCCAGUACCAUGAGCGUGACUUACAAAUUGCAAAAGAAGUGGGGGAUAAAGCCAGAGAAGGACAGGCUUAUGGAAAUCUUGGCAAUGCCAAUCACAGGUUAGCCGAUUUUCAUAAGGCAAUCGAGUGCCAUGAGUGUCGCCUACAAAUUGCAAAAGAAGUGGGGGAUAAAGCUGGAGAAGGACAGGCUUAUGGAGAUCUUGGCAUUCCCUAUCAAAGCUUAGGCGAUUUUCAUAAGGCAAUCGAGUACCAUGAGUGUCACCUACAAAUUGCAAAAGAAGUGGGGGAUAAAACUGGAGAAGGACGGGCUUAUGGAAAUCUUGGCAUUGCCUAUCGCGGCUUAGGCGAUUUUCAUAAGGCAAUCAAGUACCAUGAAUGUCACCUACAAAUUGCAAAAAAAGUGGGGGAUAAAGCUAGAGAAGGAGGGGCUUAUGGAAACCUUGGCAAUGCCUAUAUAGGCUUAGGCGAUUUUCAUAAGGCAAUCGAGUACCAUGAGAGUCGCCUACAAAUUGCAAAAGAAGUGGGGGAUAAAGCUGGAAAAGGAGAGGCUUAUGGAAAUCUUGGCAUUGCCUAUCAGAGCUUAGGCGAUUUUCAAAGGGCAAUGGAGUACCAUGAGUGUCACCUACAAAUUGCAAAA